AUGAGCAGCCAAGAAAAACCCGUCGACGCUCCCAGCAGCUCUACCACAGGGAACUCCCAGCCAGCCUUACCCGCCGAUAGUACCACCACCAGCGCCGAAAACGCAGUAGAUGCCACAGACCAGACAGGACCUGAGGAACAGCGCCAGAUUCGCGGUAUCAAAUGGGCUUUGACCGUUGGCGCCAUCCUUUCCUGUGUGUUUCUGUUCGCCCUUGACACCACGGUCGUGGCGGAUAUCCAGCCGAACAUCAUCGCGUCCCUCGGCGAAUUCGAAAAGUUUCCGUGGCUCGCCACCGCGUACGCUUUGCCGGCUACAGCGCUCGCCCUGAUUCAAUCCAAGGUCUACGGCUUGUUCGACCUCAAAUGGCUCUACUUCACCUAUGUCGUCCUGUUCGAGGUCGGCAGUGCCAUCUCCGGUGCUGCCCCCACUAUGAACUCCCUCAUCGUCGGCCGUGCUAUCGCGGGCAUUGGCGGCUGUGGUAUUUACGUUGGCUCUUUGACCUUCUUUACCGUCGUCCCAACCUCUAAGGAGCGGCCUAUAUACGUUGCUCUGAUAUCGCCCGUUUGGGGUAUUGGUACCGUCUUGGGCCCAGUGAUCGGCGGAGGAUUUGCAGAAAGCUCCGUCGGAUGGCGAUGGGGCUUCUACAUCAACCUCAUCAUUUUCGCUCUCGUCGCACCGAUCCUGCUCUUUAUCCUCCCGUCUAUCAACUUUGGGAAAGACCGAUCUGUCAAGGAGAGAAUGAACGCAAUCGACUGGCUCGGACUGACCCUAUGGACAGGCUGGUGUGUCUCCUUCUUCAUGGCCAUUACCUUCGGUGGGACCGUGUUCGAAUGGGAUUCCUACAGCAUGAUCAUCCUAUGGGUGUUUGUUGGCGUUCUCUCCGUCGCGUUCAUCUUAUCACACAAGUUUUUCCCCUUUGUCAGCAAGGAGGAUAGACUGUACCCCAGUCACCUGCUUCGCAACUUCAAACUGGGCAUCCUGCAGUUCGCCACGUUCGCCGCAGCAUCGGCUGUAUACAUUCCCAUCUACUACAUGCCCCUGUACUUUCAGUUUGCGAGGGGCGAGUCGCCGGUUGAAGCUGCUAUCAAGCUGCUGCCCUUCGUGUUCAUGAUUGCUACCGUUUCCAUUCUCAGCGGCUGGCUCAUAUCGAAAUGGGGCUACUACACGCCUUGGUUCCUCAUUGGUAGUCUGCUGGCUGUUGCGGGAGGUGCUCUCAUGUAUACGGUGUCCGUUGACACGGAUGUGUCGGCGAUUUACGGAUACAGCGUUCUAUUGGGUAUCGGCGGCGGAUGUUUCAUGCUCACAGCCCUCGGGUGUGUCUCGGACGUCGUCGCCCCCGAGGAUGCAUUCAACGCUAUUGGAGUCCUCAGCCUUAUCCAAUGCAUCGGCAUCACUUUCUUUCCCUCCGCCGGUGGCAGCAUCUUCCAGAACCUGGGGGCUAGAUAUCUCGCUCCUGUACUGCCACCGGGAUUCACUGGGGACCCCAAGUCAAUUCUCGCAGGCGCGAGUAGUCCCGUAUGGCGGAGCUUCUCCGCUGACGUUCAGGCCCAGCUCGCGGCUACCAUUGUCGAAGCGAUGAACAAGAAUUACAUCAUGGUGAUUGUGGCAAGUGGCAUCACAGCCCUUCUUUCGCCACUACUUGGAGUAUGUGUAUCCCAUGCAUUUGAGACUCCGGAAGUAUACUGA